AUGUGUGCAGGCGUGCAAGAUUUCGGACGAGAGCUUCUCGGUUCUCUGAGGGACCACAUUGAGGACUCGGCAGAAGGAACGCGCCACAUCAUAUUUGUAUGCCAUAGUCUUGGCGGCAUUGUUUGCAAGCAGGCGUUGCUUUAUGCGCAUGAAGAUGCCGAGGGCUAUGGGAGGAUAUUGCAAUCGACCCUCGGCGUGGUAUUCCUGGCCACGCCUCAUAGGGGCAGCGACAUUGCCAACUUGGCCAACAUUUUCUUCACCAUCGCAAACACCUGUCAGGCUGUUACGACAGUGGGACUGCGACCUACCGCCGCCAGAACGGAGCUUUUAGAAUACCUCACUCGCAACUCCAAGGCGCUCCAGGACCUCAUCACCUCUGUUCGCCACAGUUUAAAAUCCCUGUCUGUCGUCACAUUCUAUGAGAGCAAAUUCAUGCCGCCUCUUUCCUCACUCAUUGUAGAUAGUGCAUCCGCCCACCUUGGCAUAGCUAAUGAGGAGGCGAUGCCGCUGUGGGAAGAUCACCGUUCUAUUUGUCGUUUUGACUGCGAGACGUCGGACAGCUAUCGGCGCGUAGCGCGAGCGAUCCGCCGGAUUGCUCGCCAGUCACCUUCACUCGGCCCGACCCUCCGGCGCGCAAGCACUCAUUCGUCCAUUAGAAACUUUGAUGCCGCCGAAUCCGCCUCCAUCACUCUGCUCAACGACUUCGACCUCGCACAAUAUGAUCAGAAUCCUCCAAAGCCAGUUGCAGGCUGUGGUAAAACAACCCUUUCCUCGGCGCUGGCUCAGCACUUCAAGGACAUUGGCGAACCAUCACAGAAUGUUCUCCUCUUUCUAUGUCAGAAUAAAAACAAACAAACAGAUGCGAGAGCAGUCUUGAGGGGCCUCAUCUUCCAGAUAGUGGGACGUCAUCGCUCCAUGAUUGUGCACGUUCGGAAAGUGUACGACUUGCAUGGGCAGAGCAUGGUGCAGUCGCUCAACCACCUUUGGGGUAUAUUCCUCAGGAUCUUGCAAGACCCAAAAUCUGGGUUGGUGUACGUGGUGUUGGAUGCCCUGGAUGAGUGUGAACGGACUUCCUGCCUGCAGCUGCUAGAAUCGAUUUCGGACAUGCUUUGCAACCCUUUUUAUUCGGUGCAGAAGGGAGUGAGGGUCAAGUUUCUUCUAACAAGCCGGCCGUUCCUGCACGAAUCCUAUGCUGCUACCAAACCAUCUCUGCAGUCAACGCUCUCCAUCGACCAGGGGCAGCCGGGUUACCUUGACGAUCUCCAGAAGUUUAUCCGCAAGCGAGUCGACGAAAUCUCUCAAAGCCGACAGUUUUCAAGCGAUGUGCGGGAAUACUUGUAUCAAAGUAUGAUCCUCAAAGCUGAUGGGACGUUUCUGUGGAUCCAAAUCGUCCUGGCAUCUCUCGAGAAAAGCCUUCUCACUGCGAAGAGCGACUUGAAAAAAAUUAUUGCCGGUUUACCAGAAGAUCUUACUGCCACCUACAAGCGAUACCUGGCUUCUAUAGCAGUUGACCAUCAAUCCGUUGCUGCACGUUUCCUGAAACUACUCCUUGGAAGUUCUAGGCCCCUUCAUUUGGACGAGCUUAAUGUUGCAUUCACUAUGGAAGCCAAGCAUAUAACGGUCGAUGAUAUCUCGCAAGAUAUUCAAGGUGGGAUUGCACAUACUAUUCAGGCGAUCCUUGGACCUCUGAUUAGGGUAUCAGAGAUGCAAGUCUCCUUCGUCCACCAGACAGUCAAAGAGUUUCUUCUGACAGAGAGUGUCGAAGAGCUCACACUCCCUGCCUUGCGCACGGUAACCGACCAAGGCGCUGCUCUUUGUCUGGCUACUGCCUGCAUACAGUAUUUACUUCUUGAUGAUUUUCAAGUAGACUUUUUCACAGCGGAAAGCUCGUUCGCUGAGUCAUUACGGUCGUCUUCAAGAUGCCUUGGUGAGUUGCCGAUGGGUGAUUUCUGGGACGAUGACAGUCAUGACCUAGAUUCUGGUGCGCUCUACGGUGAGCCAGAUACGCAGCUUUCCGAUAUUUCUAGUUUGAUUUCUUCGGACUUCAAGUUUUAUAGUUAUGCUGCAUUACAUUGGGCAGAGCACUUUGCUGCUUGCGAGGAGCUCGUGCCAGAUCAUCUGCAAAGCGCAGCGAGAUCACUUCUGGACGCGGAUACUGCGUGCUGCCGCAACUGGCUACAUUUCUACCGCACAAAGCUCGCGGAUUCGACGGAUGACGAUGCAUUUGGCAAGGAUCCUGUCGUGCUAGCGGCGCAGUUCAACAUAACUACGGUGUUGAGAGAUUUGCUUGGCACGCACGAACCCUCGCAGGCCACAAAAGACCGUAGUCUCUACUGGGCUGCGCGACUUGGUCACAAUCAAGUUGUCACGGCACUGCUCCGCGUUGGUGCAGAUCCCAACUCUCAGGAGCUGGAAAGACAGACUGCUCUGACAUCUGCGUCGGAACAAGGGAAUCUCGCAUGUGUCGUUGCUUUGUUGGCGGAUCAGCGUGCCGACGUCAAUGCUGCAGGACGAGAGGGAAGGACAGCGCUCUCCUUUGCUUGUGGCGGCGGCUACGAUGACAUUGUUCGUGAAUUGCUGCAGCAUUCAAACUGCAAAGACGACGAGCCAGACUAUUCCGGGGCAACUCCUUUUUUCUGGGCUGCAGGCGGUGGACAUUUCACCACAGUCUCCAUCCUGGCCAGACGAGGCAGCGUCGAUACCAACCACAGAGAUAAGCGCGGGCGCACAGCCCUUUCAUGGGCUGCUGGAGAUGGCAUGGCCGACAUGUUGACAAAGCUGCUCAAGAUCCGCGGUGUCGGCGUCGAGCUCGCAGACAAAAAAGGAAGAUCGCCACUGUCCUGGGCCGCAGGCAACGGUCGGGUCGGUACGGUCGAGGUGCUUCUGAGGACUGCCGCAGUGGACAAAUCAAGUGUCGACAACGACAAGAGAUCGGCCAUAUCGUGGGCCAGCGCCGGCGGGCACUACGAGGUCCUUGUGCGGCUUCUCGACGCGGGAUGCCCGGGUGUAGAUGCCGAAGACAUCGAUGGGUGGACGCCUCUCAUGUGGGCCAUACAGACGGACGCGCCAGAUACUGUGCAGGCUCUCAUCGACAGCAACCAAGUGCAGCUUGAGCGCCGUGAUCGCGGUAGACGAACGGCGCUGGACUGGGCCCGUGCAUAUCGUCACACCAAUGUCAUCAAUGUGCUUCUGCGAGCAACGGGCCAUCUUCCCACCACCACUGUUGUUGGAUCCCAGCUUCCAUCGGGGCCCUCUUGA